AUGAAAGAAGUGGAAGUCAGUAUCGGCACAUUGACUAUAUCCCACCAGUUUAUGGUCGUAGGAAUGAGGAACACCUGUAUUUUAGGUGCUGACUUUUUGAAGUCAGGGCGAAUGGUCGUGUAUAUAGCAAAUUCGAAAUUAACUUGGCCAUCGGGAGAAGUGGCGUUGGUAAUCGAGACAACUGCACCAACUGUCAAUAAAUUAAGCGUACUGUUAGAUAAUUAUUCAGAUAUUUUUGUAAGCGGACCAAAUGACCCUUUAGGCCGAACCACUGUAGCAGAACACUCGAUUGACACAGGAGACAGCCGUCCUGUGAAGCAACGGCCUUAUAGAAUUCCUGUUCAUCUCAACACUGUAGUGAACAAGCAAGUGAACGACAUGAUCGAAAGAGGUGUAAUCCGAUCUAGUAACAGUCCCUGGUCCUCACCAAUCGUAUUAGCUCCGAAGAAAGACGGGGAUUAUAGAUUUUGCGUUGACUUUAGGCGAGUGAACUCGGUGACAAAGAAGGACGCUCAUCCUAUGCCUCGUAUAGACGAAAUUCUGGACCAGUUAGGCGGUGCGCGUUACUUUAGUACCUUGGACCUUACUUCCGGGUACUGGCAAGUACCUCUAAGGGAAGAGGAUAUGGAGAAAACGGCUUUCUCCGUUGGUGCGAACCACUAUGAAUUUACAGUUAUGCCCUUUGGUUUAACUAACGCUCCCGCCACAUUUCAGCGCAUGAUGGGGAAUAUAUUGAUGG